UUUUCAGAUUAUGUUAUGUUAUCUGUGAAUUGUUCGUUGGGAAGACGCUAGGGUGUGGCAGGUAAUGCUGUUAGUGAGGUUUGGUGUGCAAUUGCUAUGGAUGGUUUUAUAUUGUUCGAAGGUUAACAGCUACAAGUUUUCAGAGACAACCAUUCAUACUAGUGUUCUGGUACGUGGUUAAUCAUGGUCCAACCAAUAGUCAGGUCACAUAGUGACCAGGAGCAGGAAAUUGAAGAAUCAACUGAUGCUGCUGUCCAUCCACAAUUAGAUGACUCAGGUGUCAGACACAGCAAUGCAGAAGACCAUUUAAUUUUGCCAGAAGAUGGUGAAUUGGAGGGGGCAGUUGGUUAUUCACCAAAUGCUAGGGCAAUUCCAGAAUUUAAUAACAUGCAUGCAGAGCGAAGACAGAGUUACUGGGAAGGUUACAGUGGAUCAGUGGCAGAAAAUAGGUCUCUUUGUCAACGGAGACAUUCAUCUGGUGAGCUGUCUGGAAGGCGUUGGCCAUAUGAAAAUUACGUUGGGCAAAGCCUCAGUAAUCAGUUUGGUCCAGGAGAAAGACGAGCCAGUACUCAGUUAGGACCACAUGAAAGACGGUCCAGUAACUCCUGGAACAUUACAGAAAUACUUAAUCACAAUCACAAUCAGUUUGCAGCUCAGUAUGUGUACCCACCAGGAAUACCACGUGAGACUGUGCUUCUUGGAUCUCAGCUAUAUAUACGAUUUCUUUAUGACGAAAUUCUGAGGCUUAAUCUUCAGGCACCAGAAUACCUUAAUCCUAACAAUGCUGACCCUCCACUCAGGAAUAAUGACAUAAACUGUAUCAGCCAAAAUCUUCGCCAACUAGCAAAUGAGUUUGCUCAGUCAGAGCUUCGUCACAGAGUUCAAGAGAGAGCUGAGUCUGCCUGUUUAGAAAAUCUAAACUUCACUACCUUCUCUGAUCUCCUGUUUGGAUUGUUUCAGGAAGGUGGGGUCACAUCAGAGCGAGUGAUUGUCCUUUUCUUCUUUUGCUCUGAUCUUGCUAUCAGAGCUCUACGCAACAGCCUGAGAGACAUUUUUUAUUUAAUAACGUACUGGAGUCAGCGGUAUAUUAUUGAGAAGUUGAGUGUGUGGGUGCAAGAACAUGGAGGAUGGGUUGCAGUUCUUCAGGAGUCAAUGAACCAUGCCUAUAAGAUUGCAGUGAUAACAUUUUGCUGUUUUGGAAUUGUAGCAAUGUGUGUCUACAUACGCAAUAACACACACUAGCAGCAUAUUGCUCACUUCUGGCAUGCAGUCGUGUGUGAUAAGUUAUU